UCGUAAAUACAAAAAUGGCUGUCGAAAUAUGUCAAAUUCAUUGUUUGAAGUAAACAAAAAAAUUACUUUUAAACACCUUGUAAUACUAUUAUCCGUGUUUAUUUAGUUUAUCAAUAAAUAAACAAUAUUUAAAAAUACAAUUAAAGUGCAAUUGUGAAGUGUAUUUAAAAAAAAAUUUGCGGAUUUAAACGAAAAAAAAAAUGUUAUGUUGUGAAUAAAAUUUGAGUGUUUAAAAAAGUAAAUUUAUCAUCAAAAAUGCAAUGUAAAAUCGAUGAUCUUCCAGAUGAAAUUUUAGAAUAUAUUUUAAGUUUAAUACCACCUUAUAAAGAUUUACAAGAAUGUAUGUUUGUCUCAAAACGAUGGUAUCGUGCCACUAAAAAUGUUAUUGAACAUAGUGAGACACAUUUUCAAAAAUCAGUCUCUUAUGGUUCAUUAUUUUGGAAUUCGGUAUUACCAUCACAUUGUCCAGUAAUAUCAAAAAGACAUUCACAUUCAGCUUGUACAUAUGAAAAUUCCAUGUAUAUUUUUGGUGGUUGUACCGCGACUUGUACAACUUUUAACGAUUUAUGGAAAUUAAAUUUGGAUACAAGAAAAUGGGUGAGACCAAUAACAAUGGGAAGUUAUCCAUCGCCAAAAGCUUGUGCAACAAUGUUACAUUAUAAAAAGAAAUUUAUUCUCUUUGGAGGAUGGUCUCAUCCUUCUGCAUAUCCUGUUCAUCAGCAAUGGAAAUUAUUUAAUGAAUUACAUGUCUAUUCAAUUGAAUCGAAUCGUUGGAAUGCUGUUUGCUCAUUGGAAAGUCCACCACCAACUUCAGCGCAUUCAGCGACAAUUCAUGGGAAUUUAAUGGUUGUUUUUGGUGGUGUUUGCAAUGGUUAUAGUGGUGAUCUUUAUCCAAGUUCAAAUGAUAUUUGGUGUUUGAAUUUAGAUACAUAUUGUUGGCAUAAGCAAGCUACUUUUAAUCCAAAACCACAAGCACGUUAUGGACAAUCGCAAAUUGAACUUGAUGAAAAACAUCUUCUUAUUUUGGGUGGAUGUAUUGGACCAAAUUCGCCAAUGGAAGACGCUUGGCUAUUAACAAUGGAAGAUCCAAUUUGGACAUGGAGAAAAAUAAAUAUGCGAAAUACUGAAUGGGCACCGUCUCGCGUUUGGUGUCAUCAAGCAUGCAAAGUAGGAAAUUACAUAAUUGUUUUGAGUAAAAGUAAACGUCCAUCGCAACCAAAUGAAAUGAGUAUAUCGCAAAAAAAUGUUGCCUGCCAACCGCCACAACCUCCCGAGGUUGCUGCAAAUGAAAGGCGAAGAAGCGUACCGCAAGAAAUUGAUCGUGAUGAGAAUGUAAAUGGUCGUCAUGGAACAUUUUCAAAAUUAAUACCCGAACGUAAUGGCCAAUUGAAUUCAACAAAUCCCACGAUACCAAAGAGAAUGUCAUUUUAUAAUGACAGCCAAUUGAGUAUGGCAGCGUUUCGUGGUGAAACAGUGCGUGCAAAUUCAAAAGCAAAUCGUCAACGACAAUUGGAAUCGUUACGUCGUAUGGAAGAGAGAAUACAAAGAAGUAAAAUUCAAACGAAACAAGUGAAAAAAACUGAGAAUACUUUGUCAAUAUUUGUUCUUGAUAUUACAAAUGUAUUGUGCGAUGAUUGCACAGCAUCUUGGGUAUCAUUGAAACAAAAUGGACAAUCGGGACCCGAUGAGAGAAUACUUUAUUCACUUGCAUUGGGACGUGGUGAAUUAAUUGUUUUCGGUGGUAUUCGUAAAGAACGAACGACAAUACAAGGUCGGCCAGAUAUUGAUGAUUCGGAAGUUUAUAAUGAUCUUUAUUUCAUAAAUCCACCUCGUUAUGUAAUAUAAAAA